AUUAAAUUAAUUCUUACAUUCUUUUGUGUGCAAAAAAUCUUAAUUUGUAAAGUAACUACUGUCAAAUUAUUGUAUUUAUGUUAAAUGUAUAACAUUUUCCUCUGAAUAUAGGCAUAGCAGUAAAAAGUAACAAAAACAAACAACAAGUACAAAUAACUGCAAUUUUUAGUUAAGUACAGUACUUGAGUAAAUGUUCUUAGUUACUUUCCACCACUGGACUUUAAUGGCCCACCUUGCAGGAAGUCAGCAUUGAAUUGUAAAUAAAUGCAGAAUAGGCUGAAUAAUUGGAAAGCUGCGUGACUUUGCAUAUCAGGAGGCAAUAGAUAGCACUGAGCAAAUAAGCAAACACAUUACACAAUGCUUGAGGGGAAAAAAGUCUGCCCAAACCUAAUUCAAUCCCAAUAAAUGAUUUACACAAUCACUCUGUACUGUUAAUACCGUGCCAUGUUACCAUUUUACCCUUCUCUACAUUCUACACACUAAAGUUGUCUUCGUGUGAUGUCUGUUUUGUUCUGUUCUAUGUUUUGUAAGUCUGCUCUGAGAUAUUUUCUGCUGACCCACUUGUGUCUUCAUAUCACUGAUUGGCUUGCAACAGUCCAGAGGUUGUUAACCGCUGACCCCUUGCUGGUGCACUCCUGCGAUGAGGACGGAUACACUCCACUGCAUCGUGCAGCAUACAGCGGCCACGUUGACGUGGUUUCUGCUUUGAUCGCCGCUGGGUCUAAGGUUAACCCCCGCACCCUUGAUGGCUGGACGCCACUUCACAGCGCCUGCCGCUGGAGCCGCGUCACAGUUGUGAGUUUCCUUCUGCAGCAUGGAGCCGAACUGAACGCCCAGACAAACGGUGGACUCACUGCACUACACCUGGCCGCCUCCAACACCACCCCCUUCAGAACAGACUCUCCUCACACGUUAGAGCUCCUCCUCUCUCAACGUCACCUGAAGCCAGGGCUCUGCAGCGGCAGCGGGGAGACGGCCAGUGAGGUCGCCCGCCGUACUGGCCCGCAUCACGUCCUGUUUGAGAUGUUCGAAGACUGUGUCAAUGUGGUACCAUCUCAUUAAUGAAAAACAGAUGUUUUUACCUUCUUCUCAAAAGACAAGGAGGUCAUUCAGGGGACUAAGGAGAAGCUGUGUGGUACAUGCUCUAUUGUCUAUAUAUGUCUGCCCUGCGACAGACUGGCGACCUGUCCAGGGUGUACCCUGCCUUCGCCCAUUGACAGCUGAGAUCGGCUCCAGCACCCCUGCGACCUUUAACUGGAUAAGCAGGUUACGGAAAAUGAAUGAAUGAAUUAAUGAAUGAUAUCACAAGUGCUCAUAGACCAAACUGACGCCAGUUCUGUUCAAACAACAAAGC